AGGGCGGCGGGGGCGCGCGGAGGAGGGCGCCGGCGCUGCUGGAGGCGGCCCGCGCGCGCUACGAGAGCCUGCACAUCUCGGACGACGUGUUCGGCGAGUCGGGCCCGGACAGCGGCGGGAACCCAUUCUACAGCACGUCGGCCGCCUCGCGCUCCUCCUCGGCCGCCUCCUCGGACGACGAAGCCGAGCGCCCCGGCCCCCCGCGGGGCCCUGGCGCCCCACCACCGCCCCGCUCCCCCGACGCGCAGGAGCCGGAGGAGGAUGAGGCCCGCGCGGGCUGGAGCGCCACGCUGCGGGACCGCCCGCCCCCGCGCUUCGAGGACACCGGCGGUCCAACCCGAAGGAUGCCCCCCAGCGCCAGUGCCAUGGACUUCUUCCAGCUCUUUGUCCCAGACAACAUCCUCAAGAACAUGGUGGUGCAGACAAACAUGUAUGCCAAGAAGUUCCAGGAGCGGUUUGGGAGCGACAGCGCCUGGGUGGAGGUGACGCUGACGGAGAUGAAGGCGUUCCUGGGCUACAUGAUCUCCACCAGCAUUUCCCACUGCGAGUCGGUCCUCAGCAUCUGGAGCGGUGGCUUCUACAGCAACCGGAGCCUCGCCCUCGUCAUGAGCCAGGCCCGCUUCGAGAAGAUCCUCAAGUACUUCCACGUCGUGGCCUUCCGCUCCAGCCAGACCACGCACGGCCUCUACAAGGUCCAGCCCUUCCUCGACUCCCUGCAGAACGGCUUCGACUCCGCCUUCAGACCUUCCCAAACCCAGGUGCUACAUGAACCCCUGAUUGACGAGGACCCUGUGUUCAUUGCCACAUGCACAGAGCGGGAACUGCGAAAGAGGAAAAAGCGGAAAUUCAGCCUCUGGGUCAGGCAGUGUUCUUCCACUGGCUUCAUCAUACAGAUUUACGUCCACCUGAAGGAAGGCGGGGGCCCAGAUGGGCUGGACGCACUGAAGAAUAAGCCCCAACUCCACAGCAUGGUGGCCAGAAGCCUGUGCCGGAACGCGGCAGGCAAGAACUAUAUCAUCUUCACGGGGCCCAGCAUCACCAGCCUGACCCUGUUUGAAGAGUUUGAAAAGCAAGAGAUUUACUGCUGCGGCCUGCUCAGCGCCAGGAAGAGUGACUGCACCGGCCUGCCACCGUCCAUGCUGACCAACCCCACCACGCCCCCGGCCCGGGGCCAGCACCAGAUCAGGAUGAAGGGGAACAUGUCUCUGAUCUGCUGGUACAACAAGGGACACUUCCGCUUCUUGACCAACGCCUACUCGCCCGUGCAGCAAGGAGUGAUCAUCAAGAGGAAGAGCGGGGAGAUCCCCUGCCCCUUGGCCGUGGAGGCGUUUGCCGCUCACCUUAGCUAUAUCUGCAGAUACGAUGACAAGUACAGCAAGUAUUUCAUUUCUCAUAAACCAAACAAGACCUGGCAACAGGUAUUCUGGUUUGCCAUCAGCAUCGCUAUCAAUAACGCCUACAUCCUGUACAAAAUGUCAGACGCCUACCACGUGAAGAGGUACAGCCGGGCGCAGUUUGGCGAGAGACUUGUGAGAGAGCUGCUGGGCCUGGAGGACACCUCUCCGACCCACUGAUGCCAUGGGCGCGGGCCCCAGGCUUAGGUAAGGACCAGGUCGAGGGAGGGGCAAGAGGAGGGAGAGAGCCUGCCAUUCUGACCUGCCCAACCAGAGACGCCCUGGUGCGUGGCCCCAGCCUGGGAAGGGUGCUCAAGGCCUCUGCAGGGACCAGGAUGGACCUGGUCGGAGGAUGGCUGCUGUCCCAGUUUCUAUUCAGAGAAAAGCACGUCCUCCUUCUGGGAAGCAGCCACCCACCUCAGCGCUCUGCAGGAGUGG